UUGCGAAUCAUGGCGAUUUCGAAGGCGAUUGUUUUCAAGUUUUGAAUGAUUGAUCCCGACGGGUUUGGGGGGCGAGGAGAGGAUCUCCUUCGAUCUCUGCUGGUUAAUGAUGAUUGGAUUCAGAUCGGAAGUCUGAUUCUUUUUGGGCAAAGUUUGAUUCUGCUGGUUGCAGAUCUUGGGAUUGUGGGGGACUUUAAUGGGUUCUCUGAUCUUUAUGAUUCGGCCGGGUGGAGUUUGUAUAUUCUUAUAAGGGGGAUUGGAAAUGUCGAGAUGGUGGUCUUGAUGAUGGUAUCUGAUGGAGAUUCGUGGAUGGUUCCAACGCUUACAAUCAGGGGUUUGGAUGUUCUGCUUUCAAGUCUCAAUAUCUGUAUUUGGAGGGGAUUCAUUUCUCUGGAUUUGGGCAGGUUUUGUUAUUCUUUGCUAGUAUCGGAUUUCAAUAAGGGAAAUAUUGUCUUCUGUGGUGUUAAUCUCGGGAUUUCGACGGAUUUGGAGUGGGAGGGAAUCCGGAUUGUCGACUCCUAUGGGUUUGUGUAUUGGUCUCUGUGGUUUACUUUAUGGGAUUCAUAUCUGAUUUGGUUGGGGAUUCUGUUUGAGAUCUCUUUAUCCUGGUUUGGAAGGUGGAUAUCUUUGAUUUUUCCUUAUGAUAAUUUCCAGGCUUUUUCGAUGGUUUUGAUGGUACGAUUGGGGAUAAUCUGGAUAGUAAUGGGAGAAUAUAUGAUUCGAUACGGUCUGCUCUUGGGAGAAGGGGUUAGUGUUGAGGUAUAUAAACGAAGGCUUGCGGUUUGUUUAUGCAUCAUCUCUCUCUGGUUUUGUUAUUCGCUCCUUCUUGCUUUUCUUUUCAUCUUCAGUUUUUUCUGGGUUUUUCUUGCGGGUGGCUAUAUUUCUUUUCUGCGAAUCAUGGCUCAAUUGGUUUUCAGCAAGAAGAAUGCAACACUGGUUCGUACUGAAACUGUGUCCAUCUCCAGUUUGGUUUUGGCUCAGAGAAUUCAGCAGUUCUCGAUGACCCUUAUUGGUAGGCUCAUGAAUCCGGUGUGUCAGAAUAUGGAGUCCUUGAUAGCUAAUUUUCCAAAAAUUUGGAAGUUAGAAGAGAGGGUGGUUGGUGCCGAUUUAGGUCAGGGGGUUUUUCAGUUUAAUUUUGAGGAUGAGGAAGAUAUUUUGUCAGUUUUGCAAAAUGGUCCAUACCAUUUUGAUGGUUGGAUGGUCUCACUGGUUCGAUGGGAGCCAGUCAUCUCUUCCUCCUACCCUUCAGCUAUCAACUUCUGGGUUAAAGUGUUAGGGAUUCCAAUGCAUUUGUGGGAGGUGGCUACUUUUGAGGCUGUUGGUAAGAAGCUUGGGAGGAUUCAAGAGGUUGAUGAGGAAACGGGUAGUCUAUGUGUGUCAGUUAAUGGGUUCAAUCCGCUGAUCUUCAAGAUGGUGGUGCCUUUUGCAACUGGGGACGAGAUUGUGGUCUCACUAGAGUAUGAGAAAUUAAAUGGGGUUUGUGAGCAUUGUUCCCGGAUCACCCAUGAUUCCAAGGUCUGUCCAGAGGUUCUUAAGGGGGCUACUGUCCAAGGUGCGGAUUUGCAGAGGGAUAGUCGAGGUAGUCAAAGGCAAUUUCCAGCUGUGAAGCAAGAACAGCAUCUUAAUGCUGGGGGUUGGGAAAAGCCUAGAAAGCAUGCUAAGAGGGCCCUGGAUUUUCAGUCUGCGGAUUCUAGCGAAUUUGGAUAUUUUCCCCAGCAACGUUUUGGAGGUCAGAGUUCUAACGGUAAUGGUUCUCACCGUCCUCGUCAACAAGAGCAUCUACAGGGUCACGCUUGGGGUCAGAAGAGGAGUUUCGGUGAGGUCACUGGUCGAGAGGAAGGUUCUCAUCGCGGUACACAUUCAGGGAAUGGAGAGGGUUCGGGUAAGGUCCCCGGUUAUGUUCUUAACCGAAAGAGUGCUGGUACGGCUUGGCCUAAACCUCUUUUUAAGGUCAAACAGGCGGCUGUUGUGGAGCAUAGUUCGAUGCGAAUUGAUAAUAUUGUGGGAGACCCCAGCUCUAGUGAUCCACCAGCGGACAAGGAGGCUGAGGGGAGUGUUGUUAAGGGAGAUGCCGGGGCUGAUCUGGCUAUGGAUUUUGAGGUUGACAAUGAUGACUUGCUUGAGGAUGGUGAAUUUGAUGAUAUGGGUAAGUCUGAUCUUAACGGUGUCCAGGAGGGGGCUGUUUCUCCAACUCAGGGUGUGGGGGGUCAUACGGAUCAAGGGUCUGAGGUUCAAGUGGAUCAGGUUACUGAUUCCCAGGGUGAUUAUGACUGUAUUCCGAAAGGUGAAGGGAAUAAACAGAAGCUGAUGGGGAAACUGGGUAAUAAUACAGUGGGCACUAAACCUUCGGAUGGGGGGCGUCAAGGAAAGAAAGGGAUGGGGGCUCUCCCGAAACCGCCGGCUAGAACGUGAA